AUGUCAUCUUUUCUUAGCAUCACUUCCUCUUCUCUGAUCUUUUUCCUGACUGGAGUUCCAGUACUAGAAGUUGCUCAUGCCUGGAUCUCCAUCCCCUUCUGCUGUCUCUACAUAACUGCUGUCUCUGGAAAUGGCAUCAUUCUAUUUGUCAUCAUCACUGAGUCCAGUCUCCACAAACCUAUGUACUAUUUCCUCUCUAUGCUCUCAACCACUGACCUGGGCUUGUGUGUUUCGACACUAGUCACUAUGCUGGGCAUAUUAUGGUUCAAUGCAAGACAGAUCAGUUUCCACGCCUGUGUUGCCCAGAUGUUCUUCAUUCAACUUUUUACUGUCAUGGAGUCCUCAGUGCUCCUGGCAAUGGCCUUUGAUCACUUCAUUGCCAUUUGUAACCCACUGAGGUAUACUACCAUCUUGACUGAUUCCAGGAUCGUCAAAGUAUGGUUUGCCAUCCUUGUCAGGGGGACCAUGAUCCUAUUGCCUCUGGCCCUACUUCUUAAACGUCUGUCCUUCUGCCGAAGUCAUGUGCUCCAUCAUUCCUACUGUUUCCAUCCUGAUAUCACCCAGCUCUCAUGUUCUGACAAUAAGAGCAACAGUGUUUUAGGACUCACUGCCCUCCUAGUUACUGCAGGAGUGGACUCCAUCUUUAUUCUUCUCUCCUAUAUCCUGAUUAUUAAGACCGUCCUAAGCAUUGCUUCCCCAGAGGAGCGGCAUAAGGUCUUUAGCACUUGUAUCUCCUACAUAGGUGCUGUUGCCAUUUUCUACAUCCCUCUCAUUAGUUUGUGCUUUGUCCAUAGGUUUGGGAAAAGAGCGCCUCCUUAUGCACACACUCUUAUGGCCAAUGCGUAUUUGCUUAUUCCACCAGGGAUGAAUCCUAUUAUUUAUAGUGUGAAAACCAAGCAGAUCCAUAGGGCCAUUAAAAAAAUCCUUUUUCCCAAGGAAUCUGUGUGGUGA